UCAGUUUUUCUUCCCCAGAUCGUCGGAUGUGUGCUGAUAUUGGUGGCAGUGAUGGCCACUGUUGCUUCAGUCAAGAUGUCGAUAUUCAGCAUCCCGGGCGUGAGCUGGAUCUGGGUCAUCACCCUCGGCGUCUUCUGGGUCAUCACCCUCGCCGUCUUUGGCAUCUCCGCUCUGGGAAUCUUCGCCGCCUGCUCAGAGAACAAGCUUUUCCUCAAAAUAUUUGCAGGUUUCAUUGGGAUUGGGAUGAUCAUCAUGCUAAUCUUUGGGACGGUCAUGGCUGUUUGGAGAAACUCGCUGAAACAAAACUUUGACAGUAAAUCCAAAGAAUUUGUUGAGCCUCUCAUAAAAGAUGAAAAGUGGCGGAAAGUCAUCGAAUCCUUCCAGAUGACUUUCAAGUGCUGCGGCGUGGUUAGUGCUGAGGCCUGGGGAACGGAAAUCCCAGCCUCCUGUGAAUGCACCGACACCAGCGGACCGUUUAGGACCGCAACCUGCAAACCCAAACCUGCGGGAUCUUCAGGACCGGCUCUGAUCUACGCUGAGGUAUUAAUUCAGAUUAUCAACAACAUUCUGCUCAUGUUGGGCCUGUUCUGGUCUCUGAACUUACAUUUCCGCAUAAAAAUCUCAGAUAUUUUCUAGAAGAAAAAGACAUUUCUGAGUUUAAAAUUCUGCAAAUUUGCUCGACAAAAAUCUGAGAUUUUCUAUAAAGAACUUGAAAAUUUUCURGAAAAAAUUGGAAAUUUUGA